UACGUUUGGUUGCCAUGAAACUACACCAAGGGAGAAAACUUCAAAGUAUACAUCAUGUAUGAAUGAGACCGGUCCUGGUGCUGCGCGUUCCCGAGCCCUUGCGUGAUGACGUUCUUCUUGUGAACGCGGACAAGCUCGGAAGUAGUUCAAUGGUCUCGACAGGCUGGAGUGGAAGAUGAGGGAUUUUUUUUAGUUAAAAAACCAAUUCAAAAAUGUCAAUGAAACCAGCGGUCAGUGGAAUAUUAAUAUGUGCGGGAAGAGUGAUUCCUUGUAAGACGUUAUACCCUUGUUACAACAGCAACUUUGGGUGCCCAGCGUCGCUGAGGAUUAAUAGGAGAUCAUGCUGCAGAGUUGUUAGUGGACAAGGCCUGGAAGUUGUUACUGUUUUUCGUGACCUCCCGCCGGUCUUUCGAAACUGUAAAUGUUGUGAGCAGUCUGGACACGUUGGACCUCGCAAAAGAAAUGACCAUGUUGCUUGCAAUUACUGGAACGGCACAGCCGAGGGACCGGGAGACUGUUCUGCCAUGUUCAGGUUGAGAACCAAACGGGGAUUCACAUUCAACAAGUGUAGCGGUGACCACAGCAACAGCAGAUUGUUGUGCAAAACAAGCAUUCCUGGGUUUACUGCAUUUUCAGUAUUUAAUCACGGCUGUUUAGUUAGAGAACUCAGCACAUCAGCAGUAUCCUUGCAGUAUGACUUGAGAAAAGUGGAAAGAUCCCCAUCAGGGAGCAGGAAGUUUUAUUUUGAUACUCAUGCAGUCGUUUGCCUUCUGGAAGAGAAUGGGUUCACCACUCCACAGGCAGAAGUCAUUGUGGCUGCUUUAGUAAAAAUCAUGAACUCCAAUAUUGAACUGGUCUACAAAGACAUGGUCACCAAAGUCCAACAGGAGAUCAUGCUUCAGCAGGUAAUGUCCCAAAUAGCAUCUGUUAAAAAGGAGAUGAUUAUCCUGGAAAAAAGUGAGUUCACGGCAUUGCGGACUGAAAAUGAGAAAGUGAAGAUUGAGUUGCAACAGCUGAAGAUACAUUUAACUGAUGAGAUGAACAAAAUACGAUCAGACAUCAAACUGGAUAUGAAUUUAGAAAAGAGCAGAAUCAAAGAAAUGUAUGCUGAACAUGAAAGGAAGCUUUUAGAGAGUAGAAGUGAAAUAGUAGAACUGAAUGCCCACCAGGACCGUGCAGUGACCCAAACAAACAGAAAAAUAGACACAGAAGUAGCAGGUCUGAAAACAAUGUUGGAAUCUCAUAAACUUGACACCAUCAAAUACCUUGCAGGUUCGGUUUUUACUGGUUUGACGAUAACACUUGGAUUUUAUCGUCUCUGGAUGUGAGGAUCGACUCAUUAGAAACCUGCCUGCCUGCUAAUAAUAAUGAAAUAGCUUUAACAGAGAUCACACUGUGUUUGUGAUACAUAUUAAUGCACUUUUAUUAAUCCACUUUUAAAUUCAACUGACUAACUACUGUAUAUACUAAGAUUACAUUAUCUUGAUUUUCAUACAAUACAAUGCAAUGUUCUGUGGUGUAUAUUAUAUUGUUCAUUUCAUAAAAAAUUAACUGCAUUCUUCUCUGUCAAUUGUUACUUAUUAACACCAUCUCCUACAUUGUCAGACCUGCAACCAGUACAAAGUUAUGUGAGAAAGGGGAGAGCUAUGAAGGCAUUUUGAGUGUUUUAAUGCUGCACUAUAUAGAAUGUUAACACCUGCCACAUUUUGACUGAUGAUUUACUAAGAAUUCACCUGGAAUUGUUUUUAUUUUAUU